UAACGCGCAGUCACGUGACACAGGUUUAGCGCUCUGUUUCUGGAAUCUGUAAGGUUUAAAAUUAUGAUAGAAAUGCGAACAUUCAUUUAUUUAUCGAUUGCUGAUCGCAAACGGAUGGCCCGCGACCACUUGGAAAUCGAUUUUUAUCGACGGAGCAAUAGGUAUUCGCGCCUGAAAAUUCCAGAUCUCGGGCUAAACGUCACGUGACCAACACGCGAGUCUGGCCGUUUGGUAAAGAUGGCGAAAGGUGGUUAGAAAACAGCGGAACGAAGAGGGUAAAAGUCCCUGUAAUAGCCUCGAAAAACGGAACGCCCGUUUACUGACAAAUGAUGGAUCCUGGACAGGAUUUGCUCCUGGCAGCCCUAAGCGAGAGCGGUAUCUGCCCCAACGACCUGUUUGACUUUGACCCUCAGGAUGCUGCACUGCCCUCUUCAACUUCACAGUCAAUUUCCAUUGGUGCCCCGGGUCCUGGCUCAGGGUUGGAGGCACCUGGAGGCACCGCUCCUCCCACUCCUACAGUCACAAUCAGGCACAAGCCUCAGCCCUCAACCACCUCAUUUGUCUUAAAUCAACUGAAUCAGUUGCCUUCGCUGGGAACAAUCGUUGUGACCAAGCCCUCAACCGGAGGCACGGCACGACACACCAUCACAGUCACUAAGGUGGUCCAUACCACUCCCUCUGGCCUGCGGGGGUCCACCUCCACACUCACUUCCUCGACUCCUCUUUCCACGUCAUUCUCCACAGUUGUUCCUUCCAACAGAGAGCAGAUUCAGCUGAAGGACCUGUUGAGGACUGGUGGUCUGAAGGGCAGCACAAUGAAGAGCAGUAGUCUGGUGGAACUCAUGAAGCUCAAGCCACCGCCAGACAUCGCCCAGCCGGUCGCCACAGCAACCGCAACCGGCACCAAAAUAAUUCUGGUCUCAACAAAGAUGAUUCAUAAACCAGCGGAACUGAACAACGGGGUGAAGAAAGAGGUGACGAGUAAAGACGUAGCUCGGAUCUGGGUGAACGACGAUGUGAAGGUGCGAAGCUUUUCACCAACGCUAAAACUGACAGGAAUUAAAGACGAGGAGGAACCUGAGGAAGAAGAGGACGAAGAGCUUGGUCACGCUGAGACAUAUGCCGAGUACAUGCCGAUGAAACUGAGGGUUGGGUUGCGUCACCCAGACCCGGUUGUGGAGACCAGUUCCCUGUCCAGUGUGAGCCCCCCUAAUGUGUGGUACAGGCUGUCAAUACCGGAGGAAACCAUCGACCGCGGCUGGCUGUCUGCCCUACAGCUGGAAGCCAUAACCUACGCUGCCCAGCAACACGAAACGUUCCUCCCUAACAAAGACAGAGCGUCCUAUCUGAUCGGAGAUGGCGCAGGAGUGGGCAAGGGCCGGACUAUCGCCGGUAUCAUCUAUGAAAACUACCUCCUCGGCAGGAAAAGAGCCCUCUGGUUCAGUGUUUCUAAUGACCUGAAGUAUGACGCAGAGAGAGAUCUUAAAGACAUUGGAGCCAAGAACAUUCAGGUCCAUUCCCUAAAUAAGUUUAAGUAUGGUAAGAUCUCGUCCAAGCACAACGGUAGUGUGAAGAAAGGUGUGAUCUUCGCUACGUACUCCUCACUGAUAGGAGAGAGCCAGUCUGGAGGGAAAUACAAGACCCGCUUCAAACAGCUAUUACAUUGGUGUGGAGAAGACUUUGAUGGAGUUAUUGUGUAUGAUGAGUGUCACAAAGCCAAAAAUGUCUGUCCCAUCGGGUCGUCCAAACCUACCAAGACUGGGUUAGCUGUCCUGGAGCUGCAGAACAAAUUGCCCAAAGCCCGGGUGGUCUACGCUAGCGCCACUGGUGCAUCCGAGCCCCGUAACAUGGCCUACAUGAACCGACUGGGUAUCUGGGGGGAGGGGACCCCUUUCAGGGAGUUUAGCAACUUCAUCCAGGCUGUGGAGCGAAGAGGUGUUGGUGCCAUGGAGAUAGUUGCUAUGGAUAUGAAGCUGAGGGGGAUGUACAUCGCCAGGCAGCUGAGCUUCACUGGUGUCACAUUCAAGAUCGAAGAGGUUCCCCUAACCAGCCACUACAUCAAAAUGUACAACAAGUCUGUGCGCUUGUGGGUGGCUGCACGGGAAAAGUUCCAGGCUGCCGCUAACCUCAUGGAUGCAGAGCAGCGGAUGAAGAAAUCCAUGUGGGGUCAGUUCUGGUCGGCCCACCAGAGGUUCUUCAAGUACCUCUGCAUCGCCUCCAAGGUCCGCAGGGUGGUGCAACUCGCCAGAGAAGAGGUCAAAAACGGAAAGUGUGUGGUGAUUGGCCUUCAGUCAACCGGAGAGGCCAGGACACUAGAGGCCCUGGAGGAAGGAGGCGGAGAACUGAACGACUUUGUCUCCACUGCCAAAGGUGUUCUGCAGUCCUUGAUAGAGAAACACUUCCCUGCUCCAGACAGACAGAAGCUAUUCAGCUUGCUGGGAAUCGACCUCUCUGCCAAGAAGACCCCCUCGCCCAGCGAGCCUGCUGCAGAGCCCAAGGGCAAGAAAAGGAAAGGUGCUGAGGUAAAGAAGCCUCAAAAGCGGAAGAGAAAGUCUGGUGGUCUGUCAGGGAGCAGCUCAGACGACAGCGAAUCCGAAGAGUCUGACAAGGACGACGUGGAAAGCGACGACAGCUUCAAAUCAGUCAGCUCAGGAGAUGAUGAAGAUGACUUCAACCCCUUCAAGGAUGAUUCCAGCGAGGAUGAGGAGGAUGACCCCUGGCUUUCUGGAAAAAGGAAAGAAGGAAAGAAAGGCAAGGAGAAGAAAAAUAAAAAGAACAAAAAGAAGAAAAGCAUUGACCCAGACUCCAUCAACAGUGCCUUGUUAGCGUCUGGUCUGGGCUCCACCAGGCCUGCUUUCACCGCUCCCAUUGUCAAGACCUCCUGCGCCCCGGCCGUAGCCAAGGUAGAAGUAGAUGACAGCUGUAUGACCAGUCAGGAUGCUGUAGAAGAUGCUCAGCAGAUGAAGAGAGAUCUGUUGGAUCAGCUGGAGAAGCUGGCUCCUGAUCUCCCUCCGAACACCCUGGAUGAACUCAUAGAUGAGCUUGGAGGACCAGACAAUGUGGCUGAGAUGACUGGUCGUAAGGGCCGUGUUGUCAGUAACGACGACGGCAGUAUCUCCUACGAGUCUCGCUCCGAACUGGACGUCCCUGUUGAGAUCCUCAACCUCACAGAAAAACAAAGGUUCAUGGAUGGAGAGAAGAACAUAGCCAUCAUCUCGGAGGCGGCCAGCUCUGGUAUCUCCCUGCAGGCUGACCGACGGGUGAAGAACCAGAGGAGGAGGGUCCACAUGACCCUGGAGCUGCCCUGGAGCGCAGACAGAGCCAUACAGCAGUUCGGGAGAACCCACAGGUCCAACCAGGUGACGGCUCCUGAGUAUGUAUUCCUCAUCUCUGAGCUGGCUGGGGAACAGAGGUUUGCCUCCAUUGUGGCCAAGAGACUGGAGAGCCUGGGUGCCCUCACGCACGGAGACAGAAGAGCAACAGAGACCAGAGAUCUUAGCAGGUUCAACUUCGACAAUAAAUAUGGCAGAAAUGCUCUUGAGAUUGUGAUGAAGUCCAUCGUCAACCUGGACUCUCCAUUAGUAAAUCCCCCUGCAGACUUCGUUGGGGAUUUCUACAAAGAGAUCCGUCAGGGGCUGAUUGGAGUGGGUCUGAUUAACGUGGAGGACAAGUCUGGAGUUCUGUCUCUGGACAAAGACUACAACAAUAUAGGGAAGUUCCUGAACCGCAUCCUGGGGAUGGCAGUGCAGGAGCAGAACGCUCUCUUCCAGUACUUCUCUGACACGCUGGCCGCUGUCAUUCAGAAUGCCAAGAAGAACGGACGCUACGACAUGGGCAUUCUGGACCUUGGUUCUGGGGAUGAGAAGGUGAAGAAGAUUGAUGCCAAGAAGUUCCUGACUCCAGGCUACUCCACCUCAGGACACGUGGAGCUUUACACGGUAAGUGUGGAGAGAGGCAUGUCCUGGGAGGAGGCCACGCAUGCCUGGGCUGAGCAGAGUGGACCCGACGAUGGCUUCUAUGUACAGAUGAGAAACAACAAGAAGACUGCCAUCUUGGUGCAGGAGGUGAACAGUAAGAAGCGGCUCUUCCUGGUCUACAGACCUAACACAGGCAAACAGCUUAAACUGGAGGCCUACGCUGACAUCAAGAAGAAGUGUAAAAAGGUGCUAUCAGAUGAUGCCAAGCAGCACUGGAUUGACCAAUACAAAGCUUCUGCAGAGAUCUGCGCUCAUGCUUACUGGCGUGGUAACUGUAAGAAGGCGUCGGUGGGGCUCCAGUGUGAGGUGGGUCUGCGCUGCAGGACCUACUAUGUGCUGUGCGGCUCGGUGCUCAGCGUGUGGACCAAGGUGGAGGGAGUCCUGGCCUCAGUCAGCGGAACCAACGUCAAGAUGCAGAUCGUCCGCCUCAGGACGGAGGACGGCCAGAGGAUUGUUGGCCUGAUCAUUCCAGCCAACUGCGUCGCUCCCCUGACCAACAUCCUGUCGUCAUCCGACCAGUCUCAGCAGCUGGCUGUUCAGCAGCAGCAGAAGUGGCAGCAGCUGCACCCUCAGAGCCUCAGCCACACACACAACACAUAGCAUGGGUUCAUCCCCGCCCCACCCCCACCCCCCGGUUCGACCUGGUGGGCUCUGACGCCAUCUUCUCCACGGCCUGGGUUCUUCACCCCACCUGACGGGAUAUGACCCCAUUUCCACCUGGAUCUCCACCUCCGCGGCGCUGCAGCACCACCACCCUUACACCUCCCCAGCUUCCUCCGUUCAUUCUGAGGGACCCGAGGUGCGGCGAGCGCCGAGCUGUGGUUCUCUCCGGAGUUCAACCAAGGUGGCAGAGGGUAAAGAUGUCAGGGUUUAUGUCCAAAGAAGAAAGACUGUCUCCCUGUUGUCACCCAGAGUUGGCUAGACUACUAUUAGUCCUCUGAGAUUCAGAGCUGAAGAUUUAGAAGAGGCUGCGGUGAUAGAGGGGAGAGGAUGGGACGUGUGUCACAGUGAAGAGCGAAGAGGCAUUAUAAAAAAUGCUUAGGACUUAUAUCUGUUACCCCACCCCCCUUGGGCGCUAUGUAAAUCCAUGCCCUCAGCCAAGGGACUUCACAGUGUACCUCACAACAAAGCUCAGGGGAGAUGAGUGUAUGUGGACUCAGUCGCCAAACACACUUCUGAAAAUUAAAAUGUACCUAUUUUGUUCUGUAGCCACGUUCUUUUGUUUGUUUGCUAACAAAUGUGUGGUUUUUAACAAAAUACAAUACAACCACUGUUUGUUUCUUUUGCUCUAAGGUGGAAACUCGCUGUGAAAUCGCGUGCCAAUUGAAAUUCCAAUUACAUAAGCAUAUACCUCAAAACUCAGUCCAAUCAAAUCGCUGUCUAAAAUGUAUGAAUUGACCUUUGGCGUAGUCAGAGAUGCAGUCCACUCUCUUCCACAACUCUGAUGUGAAGUACAUUAAAGAGUCAAGUCCUUUGGCUACGAUGCCCUGUGCUUUCUGUUGGUGUUUUGUUCCUAGCAAUGCCUUCUCUACUAAAGGCUGGGGAACACCACCAAAGUUUUUCUACUCAUGACGGGACAGUGCUCAGGGGUUCGUCAAGCUACACAGUAACCCCCUUGGGUUUUUGUUUUUUAAACAAACUAUUUUACAAAAUGUCUACCUGAGAUGCAUGACUACACGCACCCCCACCUUUUAUUUUUCUCGGAAGUCUCAGGCAUGAUGACAACUACUCUUAACAUAGCGACAUCUUAAAUGGCCCCCUAUUUCCCUGGAUGGUGUACUGUGAGCUGUGCACCUUUUAGGGAAUAGGGUGUAAUUCCAGAUGCUAUCCUUUUUUCAUUUCGUACUGACAGAAAUGUAUAAAACUCGGGUGUAUCCUUCCUACCCACAGUUGUUUACAGCUUGACUAUCAAGAACUGUGACUGCAUGGUUUAAAAUUGUUUAAAAAAACCAUUUAAUUCACCUGCAUUAAUUCCUCUGCGAUGAAGAUGUUUGAAAUUGGUUUCUAUUGAUCUGGCAUCAGAUGGGACAUAACAUCUUGUGGUAUCAAACUCUUGCAAAUUACAGAAGAUAACACACUCCUUAUUAAAUGGCCCUUGAUAGGUCACAGAUCUGGUUGGUCAAUACAGGCUGUUUAAAAAUGUGAGAGUAAAGGCUAGUUUUCAAGAAAGUGUGUGUUGCUGAAUCCAAAUGAACCCCUUGCUUCUACCUCCUGCUUUUGUGGAUUUUAAAGGAUUGGAUAGAUGUAAAGAUUGCACCUUUAGAUACGGUGUAACUUAUUAGGAUAUUCAUUGCUAUCAGAUCCUGUAGAUAUCCAUGAAGUAUCAAGGGGGUCAGGGGUCUGUGGUUUUUUCGGAUGGCCUCACUUAUUGUGUACUGGAACCUUACCUCCAUUCUUCACCAGUCAGCAACAUUGCUGCUUGGUGUCCGGUACUUUUAUACCUGUGGAUUUCUGUUUUUCCGUCACUUUAAACAUGACGUAGAGGGGCUAAAGACUUUUAAAAAAAGCUUUUCUUGGUUUAGAGUGCUUGUAAAAAAACAAAAAAAAAUUAAAAAGUUGACUGUUUGGCCUGUUGAGUGUAGGAUGCUAUAUUGCUAUACUGUUGUGUCAUAUCUGAAUAUAAGAAACCUGUUUUUGCUUAAAUAGCUGUUUGUGAAAAACACUUGAAGGACAGUGUAGUUUCAUCCUUGCACGAGUUGCACUACUGACUGAUUUGUUGUACAAAUACUCUGUAAUAAAUGAUUUAACUGCAAGAUUUCUACCUCUUGCAUAUGACCAAUAAAUCCCAAGGACAAAGUUUGAAUUUCA